AUGCAGCACUCGACGUCUGACGUCAGGCGUUUAGAGAAGCUUUUAAGUCAUGGGAUUUCGGAGACGGCCGUUGAAAUACCUUGGAUCUCGAUGAUUAAUGAAUGUCGCUAAAUGUGCAAGCUAUCCUGCGUCCAAGGUCCUAGCUAGCAGGAAGUUUGUUAAGCCCCGCCGCCACGGUUUACAAAUUAAGCCCGCUUUUCGACCCAUCGUAACUUUCGACUUGUCCUCUUGUUAGGGAAACACGAUUCACGUGGUUCAAUCCGGUUGAACGCCGGUGUGUGUUCAAGAAUAAAGAUUGGAAAACUUGACGAACAUUUUUUCUUUUUUUUUUUUAAUUACUAAUUAAAGUAAUUUUUCUGUUUGUUUUGUUUCGCAGAACACAGCCGCGUACAACGUGAAGGAGCAAAACGAGAGGCUGACCGACAUCGAGGACAUGGAUUCGCCGGGUGUAGGGAUCAACGCUAGAACAGUUCCGCCAUUGUGCUACGGGAGAAACAUGACGUUCCCGCGGCCAGCUUCUUCUUGCACCCACAGACACGAGCUUCCAGCUAUAGUCACCGAGGGUGAAAGCUGUAGACGUCUUGCGGAGCAACAAGAGAACAAUUCGUGUAGCGAUGGACAGCUGUCGGGCGUGAUGCCGGACGUGGCGAUGGCGACAGCGUCUUUCGGUGCGUUGCAACUGAUAGAGGAACAGGAACUGGAGUUGGACCUAGGGGACGGAGCUUCUCAUCUCCUGCAGCACGUCUCGCCGUCGAACGGGACGAUGGGUUCCCACAGGUCGUCGCUUCCUCAUCCCCAUCAGAGGCACUACACCGGCCCGCCUCCUCCACCGUACAUGUACCAUCGAGCUGGCACUGCCUUACCAAGAUUUAUUUAA